CUACUGUUACUGGGUUUUCGUCUUCUGACAUCGAGUUUAGUAAGCCUCCCAGUUGCAGCAUGAAGAACAUUCUAAAGAAGCUUCAUAUGGUGCCUACCCAGUCAGAAGAUGCUGAAGGGUCUACAUCGUUGAGGGGUAAUCGAUCGAAUGAUGAUUCCCCUGGCAGGUCAUCGCCUUCUUGUUCGUCUCCAUCACAUCAUGCUGAGCAGAAGCCGUUCUCCAGUAUCUCUGGGUGGUUGAAUUCUGUUACAAACAGAAAAAGUCCUAGUCCUCCCUCAUCUUCGAAUGUGAGAGGGAGAGGAGAGGCAAGGGACACUUCCGAUUCUUUGGAUAGCAACGCUUUGGAUAUUGUGUUGGAUGCGGUGAGACGGGAUUCAGAGUCCAGCAAUUCAAGGGAUCCUGAGAUGGAUGAAGAAUAUCAGAUACAACUGGCUUUGGAAUUGAGUGCAAGGGAGGAUCCUGAGGCAGUUCAGAUUGAAGCUGUAAAGCAGAUUAGUUUGGGUUCUUGCCCUUCCCAGAACACUCCAGCAGAGGUUGUUGCUUACAGAUACUGGAACUACAAUGCUCUUAACUAUGAUGACAAGAUCUUGGACGGUUUCUAUGACCUAUAUGGCAUUCUGGCUGAGUCUACUUCCGAGAAGAUGCCUUCCCUUGUUGAUUUGCAAGGAGUGCCAGUGUCGGAAAAUAUCAGCUGGGAAGCAGUUCUUGUAAAUAGGGCAGCUGAUUCGGACCUAUUAAAGCUUGAGCAGAAGGCUCUAAUGAUGGCUCUUGAGUUAAGGUCGGGAUCUUUUGGUUCUGUAGGUACUGAUAUGGUACAAAAGCUUGCUGAUUUAGUUGCUAACUACAUGGGUGGACCAGUUGGGGAUCCGGAGAGCAUGUUGAAAGCGUGGAGGAAUCUUAGUAAUCGCUUAAGAGCAUCUAUUGGAAGCAUGGUGCUGCCUCUUGGUUCUUUGACCAUUGGUUGUGCUCGCCAUCGUGCAUUAUUGUUCAAGGUUUUGGCUGAUAGUGUAGGCAUUCCGUGCCGCUUAGUGAAAGGGCAGCAGUAUACGGGCUCUGAUAAUGUGGCGAUGAACAUUGUAAAGGUUGGGGACGGAAGGGAAUACAUUGUUGAUCUGAUGGCUGACCCUGGCACGCUUAUCCCAUCUGAUGCAGCGGGACCGCAAAUAGAAUAUUUUGAACCGGUCAGUCCCUUCCUUAGAGAUGCUGACCACUCCAUUUUAGAAUCCUCCGGCAGCGGGUUUACAAGUUCUGUUGGAGGAUACUUGGAAUUUGAGCCUUUGGACAGGAGAUCUAGGUCUAGGGGUCUUUCCAGCAGAGAAAAGGACUCUAUUGAAAGAGACAAUUCAGGUGAGCUAAUAGGCGUCAAGAAUCCUGAAGUGGAAUCUUCACAAGAACCUCCACCGGAGCCAAUGAAGGGCGAGGUCAUAUCCAAGUUAACAACCAAUGAUUCCGGGGAACCCUCCAAGGUUGAGAAGGUGCUGGCUUCGGGGAGGCCUAGCCAUCCUUUUAUGCAUGCAAGAUCUCCUUCAUGGACUGAAGGUGUCAGUUCCCCUGCUGCGCAUAGAAUGAAAGUGAAAGAUGUUUCACAGUACAUGAUUGAUGCUGCCAAAGAGAACCCACAAUUAGCUCAGAAGCUUCAUGAUGUGUUGCUGGAAAGUGGUGUUGUUGCACCUCCGAAUUUGUUCACUGAAAUUUAUUCUGAGCGGGAAGAUGCUUCAGUUGUUGAAGCAAAGAAAGAGAGAGAAGAUAAGGAUGAAAAGAAAAAGAGGAGGAAUGGAACCCGGCAUGAGGCUCAUGCUGAUCUUGGUCGGGGCCAGUUUUUGCCGCCUCUUCCUUACCAUGGUGUGCAAUUAAAACCAAGUCCUUCAGGCGUUCAAAUGGAGCAUUUGAAGUGUGUAGAGGGUUUGGAUGUUAACCAACCUCUGAAGUCAGGCGAAGCAUCAGGAAUACCUUAUUCAUCAGGAUCUGAAGUAUCUGCUGCUUUAGCUCCUGACACUUCCCAAGUGAAAUUUGUGCCUUUUGCUGCUGCUGCCGCUGCUGCAACAGCAGCUGUUGUUGCAUCUUCAAUGGUAGUUUCUGCGGCCAUGUCAAGUAAUGACUCAAACACUGUAGUUCCUGCUACAGCUGCAGCCACUGCCAGUGCCACUGCUGCGGUUGUAGUUGCAACAACAGCAGCUGUCAAUAAGCAGUAUGAGAAAUCAGAGUCUUGUGUCCCGUUUCCUGGUAGUGCUUCAUGUUCCAACCAACGGUGUGCUGCUCAGAGUGAUGGUGAUGCAUAUUGUGCAGGGUAUGCACCACGAGGAGGUGGUGACCGGGAGCAUGAUGCUUUUGCUGCUCAUGCAGAAGCUGAGAGAAGUUCAGACAGAUCGGCAGGUAAUGAUUGUUCAAAAUCUGACAGCACACUUGAUGAUGUUGCUGAGUUGGAAAUCCCAUGGGAGGAAAUCACCUUGGGUGAGCGUAUUGGACUUGGGUCAUAUGGAGAGGUAUACCGUGGGGAGUGGCAUGGAACUGAAGUUGCUGUGAAGAAGUUCUUAGACCAGGACAUUUCUGGUGAUGCACUUCAAGAAUUCAGAACUGAGGUCCGGAUCAUGAAAAGGUUACGGCAUCCCAAUGUUGUUCUCCUCAUGGGUGCAGUAACUCGUGCUCCAAAUCUUUCAAUUGUUACAGAAUUUCUUCCUCGGGGUAGUUUGUAUAGAUUAAUUCACAGGCCUAACAAUCAAUUAGAUGAACGGAGGCGUUUGAGGAUGGCUCUGGAUGUCGCUAGAGGGAUGAAUUAUCUGCACAACUGUUCACCUGUAAUUGUUCAUCGUGAUCUGAAGUCUCCAAAUCUUCUUGUUGAUAAAAAUUGGGUUGUGAAGGUUUGUGAUUUUGGGUUAUCUCGAAUGAAGAAUAAUACAUUUCUCUCUUCAAGGUCAACUGCUGGGACGGCUGAGUGGAUGGCUCCUGAAGUAUUGAGAAAUGAACCUUCAGAUGAGAAGUGUGAUGUAUAUAGCUUUGGCGUCAUAUUAUGGGAGCUCUCUACAAUGCAACAACCUUGGGGAGGGAUGAAUCCCAUGCAAGUUGUUGGCGCUGUUGGAUUCCAGCAUCGCCGCCUUGAUAUUCCUGAAGAUAUGGAUCCAGUUAUCGCAGAUAUUAUCAGGAAAUGCUGGCAAACAAAUCCGAAGAUGCGGCCUUCUUUUGCUGAGAUUAUGGCAGCACUGAAGCCAUUACAAAAGCCUAUAACAAGUGCUCAGGUGCCUAGACCCAGGGCAUCAAUAAACAGCGGCCAGGUGAAGGGGGAGACGUCACGGGUUACAGAUGACCAAUAAAAGGCUAGAGGAUUAAACUGUAACUGGAGUUGUCAACAUUGCAAUCGGCUAAUUAGCAAGCGCUUUGCUGUCCUUGAUGAUGUUGUAAAGGUUUAUCAAAAGCUGUUAAGGAUACACCAAAUGUAUUCUCCCAGGUUUUGGAAUGUGAAUUCUUUUUUUUUUCUCACCCCCACCCCACCGGUUUAUUCUUGGCUAGGUUCUGGGCCAUCCUCAAGGUUGUAUAUUUGCUGUAUUGAUCCAUUUUAAUUGUUUAAUCCAUGUUUGGGUUUAAUUUUGUUGAUGACAA